GUGUGUUGGGGGCGCGUGUUGAAAAAGAGGAGUGCUGCCAAAGUUUGGGUCAGAUCGGCUCGUGGAGUAAAGCAGUCAAGAGAGACUUGGACUAGAGUUUAGCCACACGGUCCCCCACGCGAAGGACACGAGAGCUGUGCACUGCCAAACACUUCCUUCUUCCCGUCCAACUGUUCGCCCCCUCUGCGUCCGUCACUUGACAACAGCUGUCAGCGAGAUGGAAACUGCCACCAUCACCACCACGCAGACCGCAUUCACCUUUGGACUUAGUGACAGACGCGCCAGCAUCAGCCUGCACGCCCCGGCCCAGGACUGCGCGGUGCCCGCCGUGCACCCCAACGCCGGCGCCGCAGGUUUCCAGAGCAAAGCCAAGGUGCUGAAGAGACAGCGCUCCAGCUCGCCGGAGCUCCUGCGCUGCAAGCGGCGCCUGAGCUUCAACGGCCUCGGCUACUCCAUCCCCCAGCAGCAGCCCGUGGCCGUGGCCAGGCGGAACGAAAGAGAGAGGAACCGGGUCAAGCAGGUCAACAUGGGCUUCCAGACGCUGCGUCAGCAUGUGCCAAACGGCGCCGCCAACAAGAAGAUGAGCAAAGUGGAGACCCUGAGGUCUGCGGUGGAGUACAUCAGGGCUCUGCAGCAACUUCUUGACGAACAUGACGCGGUGUCUGCUGCUUUCCAGUGCGGACUUCCAUCCCCGACACUGUCCAACAGCUACUCCGCAGACCCGGAGUCACCUCAGUCCACCUACUCAUCAGAUGAAGGCGGCUAUGAGCCUCUGAGCUCCGAGGAACAGGAGCUGUUGGACUUCACGACGUGGUUUGACAGGUACUGAGGCUGUCAACUUCCAGAACCACACGGCGGCGUGUGUGCGUAAAAGCGGCUGACUUCUUUAAGACAUGCUGACAGAGACUUGAUAGAGGCAUCAGAUCAGUCUUGCCCUCCGAGCCUCGAAGUGAUCUGUUGCCUCACUCCCUCACCCGGGCUGCUUCUGCAGGAGCAAAGCAAUAGUGAGACAGAGAAAGAGAGAGAGAGAGUUUGUGCGAGAGAGAGAAAGAGAGAGAGAGGGAGCAUCUUGUUGCAUAGAGCAUAAAUAGUCCCCCGAAGUCCCCACGAGAAGGAGGGAGUUGGACUCGGUGACACGUUGACGCGUGGAAGUAAAGAACUGUUGAUGUUGUGUUUGAAUAAGUGCAAUUAAUAAGUGACACAGAGGGUCUGCAGAGACGGUGCUGCAGCUCCACAGGAUCUGUUUGUCACCAGACCAGGACUGCCUUCCUUCAGCUGCCACGUCUGUUGGAAAACACAACAAAGAUGAUGCGUCAACAGACUUUUUUUUUCGUGAUGUACAUUUCCCCCCUCCACCCUCUUUUCAUAACAAAAUUGUACCAUACAGCGAAUUGUUUUAACAUGAAGACAUAUUUUUGUACAUUGAGUCAAACAAACAACGUUCACUGCCACUUUUCUGACAGUGUUUUGACAAGACGAGGCAGUGGGUUGGCAUGUAUGAGUUGUGUGACUGACUGAGCAGCAAUAUCAAGGCUACUACCUGUGACAGAUUGUAGUUUUUUAAUAAUAGGUGGUAAGGAGACAUUUAUUAAUGUAUGCACUUGUUCUCAAUUCUCCCCCUGUAGCCUAAAGUGUAAAUAUUUGAUUUUAACAGAUAUAUUUUGUGUAAAACAAGUUUUAUAAAUAAAGAUGAAUCUAUUUAUAUUA